UUGAAGGUGGGAGGAGUGCCAGCAGGGUUGAGAUCCAAGCCGAGGUUCUCCUUCAGUGAGGUCAAACUGCUGCUGGAGGCGGUGAAGAGGAACAGAUACAUUCUCCUCAGGAAGUUCAACCACGGUGUGUCGGCUGAAGCCAAGAAACGGACCUGGCUUGAUAUCACCAGUCAGGUCAACGGACUGGGAGAGAAUCACAGAGAGGUGCGUCAGAUCAUGAAGAAAUGGGCGGACCUUAAAUGUGACGCAAAGAGACGCAUGGUGGCCCUCCGGAGCCCCAAUGGCAGCAACCUGAGGAAGAAGAACCUGGGCCCCGUGGAAAGGAUGGUCCACAAGAUACUGAUGAUGAGUCCCAGAGGAGAUUGCGACAGUGAUCUGGACUUUGCGGAAGAUGACGAUUUUUCCAAGCUUUACAGUAAAGGCCCUCCCCCACCCCGCCGCCCUACUCCUACCUCAACUUCACUGACAACUCCCAGUCCGGGCCCCCAGGAGCCUCCUAUGACUUCUCUCCUCUCUCCUCGCCUGAGAAAGAGCUUGGUGGUGAUCCUUUCCACUCCUCCCCUGACUUUGACCUGGCUGAGGAUGGAGAACGUUCCAUGGACUUUGAAGAAAAUGACAACUCCAUGUUCUCCUCCUAUGCUUCCUCUCUUCCUGCAACCUCCUCCCCCUCUGGACCCCCUGCCUGACAACACUCUGCUGAGGAUGAAGCCGGUCCACACCUACUCCCGAAACAACAGUCAGAACCACACCUCCUCUCGAACUCCACCUGGCCCCUCCUCCUCUGCAGCCUCCACCUCCUCUGCUUUCCCCUCAGUGUCAGAUUCAGACGCCGCCUUGUCCUCUGUUGCGCCUCUUCCGUCGCAGUCCCCCACAAGCUCCAACGUGACUGCCUCCUCCCUCCCUGCUCCUUCCUCCUCAUUGCCCCCCCCUCCUCCUCCACCUACUUCCUCAUCCUCUGCUGCGGCCAAUACCUCGACUUCAAACCCUGCACCUAGUUCUUCAUCCUUCCCACCACCUCCUGCUCCUCCCACUGCUGUGUCUUCCUCCUCCGCUGCUCCUACUGCAACCUCCUCUUCAAACUCUCAUCGACCUCCUCCUCCUCCUUCCUCAGUGCCCCUACCCAAUCAUGCUUCCACGUCGAGCUCAAACCCGACUGACCCUCUCCCGGCUGGAGCGCCCUCCCACAGGGAGCGGGUGGCCCAGAUGGCCUCCCAGAGCCUCCAGCAGCAGCGGGCCAGCAGGAUGCUCCUGACCUCGGUGUCUCAGUCCCUGGAGAUGUUGGCUCAGUCCGUCCAGCUGCUGGUGGAGAGCCAGCAGGAGUUUGUGCAGGAGUCUCUGCUGCUGCAGAGGGAGACGGUGGACGUCUUGAGGGAUUUCUCUAACACGGCGCUGACCAUGCUGAGAGACAAAGCCAACAGUGGACAACUGGCUGCACACCACCAUCCCGCUGCUCACUUCUGAAAAAAAAUAUGGAGGUGAACAAAAUUUCAGAACAAACAUGAACAGUUGACCAAAAGCCAAGUACAGGUAUUUGUUUGUGCAGCGGGAGCAGGUUACAGGCGAUCGACCAGCAUGCGGAGACCUUCUGAUGUGAUUGAAACAUCCAUCUUAUAAAAACAUGCCACGAUGGCUUCACCAGCCACCAUGGCUGCUGGACAGAAAUGUUCUGGGACAAUUUUUCUUUUUGCCCAGAGGCACAAACACAUGCAGCUUUAGGCCAAAGGCUGUUUAUUUAUGUGCCUGAAACUUUUUUUUUCUAUAUUCACUUUUUGUUUCUUGCAGGCUCAUGUGUUUAAACCUUGGAAACCUGGAUAGGCAUCAGAUUCCUUGUGCUCCACUUUAGGAGUAUUUCAACCUCUGAAACCUGAGCAAAUUGAUUCCUGAGAAAUUUGAUUUCUUUCAAAAACAUCUCCUACAAAACAGCAAUCA